AUGUUCGGGAAACUGAAGAGCCUCUUCUCCUUCCCCCUCCUGUGCCACCUCCCGCUCAGCCAGGAAGUAGAAGAAGUAGCCCCUCCUCCCGUCGUGAUAAACCACUAUUCGGACAAAAUGCUGCGGUCCAUCAUCCUUCGCCUGAGGGAGCGGACGGAGCUCUACAGGGAGAAGGUCAUCGACCCCUACGCAUCCUCACCUGAACACAGCCCCCCCGUCACUCCAGUUUUGAGAAAGCGUGACUACAUAAAGAAACAGGAGGAGGAGAGAAUCAGAAAAGAAGAGAAGAAAAAAAAGGAAGAGGAAGCCAAGAAGGUGACAGAGAAAAAAGAUGAGAAAAAGGACAAGAAGAAAAAAGAGGAGAAGCCGGAGAGCAAGGUUGAAAACUCCCUCUGUUCCAGAGUCAGCUGUGGCUUCAUCGACAUCCUGCUCAGGCCACUGGAGGAGAAAAUAGACAACUACCUGGACAAGACUUUGGAUCCUUUUACAGACCGCCGGUACAUUUCGUGGCUGAGUUUGGUCACCCUGGCUUUCAACUACAACGCCUGGCUUGUCCCGGCCCGUUUGGCCUUUCCCUACCAUACGGAGAAGAGCAUCCCCUACUGGAUUGCCUUCGACUUCCUGUGUGACCUCAUCUACAUCGUUGACAUCAUUGUCUUCCAGCCCCGCCUCCAAUUUAUCAAGGGAGGUGACAUCAUCAAAGACGGGGAGUUAACAAAGAAGAAUUAUAGGGAGUCCCUGACAUUUAAGCUGGAUCUGAUAAGCCUCGUACCCUUUGAUCUGCUGUACAGCCAGUUUGGGUUCCUGUCAAUCUUCCGAGUCAAUCGCUUGCUGAAGCACGAGUCCUUCUUUGAGUUCAGUGACCGUCUGGAAAGCAUCAUGAGCAAGGCGUACAUCUGGAGAGUGGGCCGUACUAUUGGCUACUUACUCUAUAGCCUCCACCUCAACUCCUGCAUCUACUACGUGGCAUCAGCCUAUCAAGGGAUUGGCUCCACCCCCUGGGUCUACAGUGGAAAUGGAACUGCGUACUUACGAUGUUACUACUUUGCCGUUCGCACCUUGAUCACAAUCGGUGGCUUACCUGAGCCCCACACUGUCUUUGAGAUCCUCUUUCAGUUGCUGAACUAUUUCACGGGCGUCUUCGUGUUCUCCAGCUUGAUCGGACAGAUGAGAGACGUCAUCGGAGCCGCCACCGCUGGACAUACCUACUUCCGCAGCUCCAUGGACGGUACCGUGGCCUACAUGAACACCUACAAGAUCCCCAAACUGGUGCAGAAAAGAGUACGCACCUGGUAUAACUACACCUGGGCCUCCCAAGGCAUGCUGGAUGAAUCCGAGCUGCUGGGGCAGAUGCCCCUCGUCAUGAGAACUGCCAUCGCUGUGGACAUCAACCUCGCCACCUUCCAGAAGAUCGACCUCUUCAAGGGAUGUGACAACCAGAUGCUUGUAGACAUGCUGUUGAGGUUGAAGUCCAUUCUGUAUCUACCCGGAGACUUUGUGUGUAAGAAGGGCGAUAUUGGAAAGGAGAUGUACAUUAUCAAAGCUGGAGAGGUGCAGGUGAUCGGAGGACCAGACAAUAAGACUGUAUUUGUGACACUGAAGGCCGGAUGUGUGUUUGGAGAAAUCAGCCUGCUUCAGUCCGCCAAGGACGGAAGCAACAGGAGAACCGCUAACGUGGCCGCCCACGGUUUCGCCAACCUCUUCGUCCUGGACAAGAAGGAACUCAACGACAUCCUGGUCCACUACCCCGAUUCCCAGAAGGUUCUGGCCCGGAAGGGAAGGAAACUGAUAAAGGCCAAGGGCCCGGCCUCAGCCGCGGCAGAGGGCGAGAGGAAGAAAGGACUGUCUCUCUUCACGAACAAACCCCCGACACCCAAAAUCCUCCGCGCCCUUGGGGGACUGAACAAGUUAAAGCAAUGA